AUGGUACGACAUCUCUUUCUUUCGUCGUUCAUCGGGGUUGUAGUUGGAUCAUCGUGCUGGAGGGAUACCAAGUGUACAGGCCUUGAGGAAGCUGUGUUUCCUGGCCCAUGGGACGACUACAACUACGCUCCGUCCUCUAGGACCGUCCGCCCCAAAGAAUUCUUUUCGCUCAAUGACGCCUCCAACGUGACAGACUUUGGAAAAGCUACUACGAUCCCAUUGUCUAAUGAUCUGGAGGCCCUCGUAUUUGAUUUCGGCCUGGAAGUCGGCGGCAUCAUCACCGUGAAUUACACACUGGCAGGCACUGCAGGAGUUUCUCUUGGGAUCGCCUUUACUGAAGCCAAGGACUACAUUGGACGAAAGUCCGAUAAUUCAAAUGGCGGCCCGGGCGCUGAUGGCUCGCUCAGCUAUGCCAUCACCGAGGAAGGUCCAGGAACUUAUGUCCUGCCCGAUGCAAAGCUCCGUGGCGGAUUUCGCUACCUCUCCCUGUUCCUUGAUUCGAAUACAACGGCGAGCCUGAAUGUACACGACAUUAGCCUGGAGCUCGUAUUUCAGCCCACCUGGCCCAACUUGCGAGCGUAUCAUGGCUACUUUUAUUCAAACGACGACUUGUUGAACCGGAUUUGGUACAGCGGCGCGUACACUCUGCAGUCUAAUUGCGUUCCUGGAAACACGGGCCGCCAUCAAACGAACCUGACGGGUGGAUGGCAGAACGACGAAUAUAUCGGGCCCGGGGAUUCAGUUCUCCUGGAUGGCGCAAAGCGUGACCGCUGGGUCUGGAUUGGCGAUAUGGGAACGGCUGUCCCAAGCCAAUUUGUGAGCACGGGGGAGCUUGAUAGUGUCAAGAAUGCUCUUCUAGCCAUCUAUGCCUACCAGAAAAGCGACGGUCAACUUCCUAAAGCUGGACCUCCUCAUAAGUCGACAGAUAGUACCACGUACCAUCUCUGGGUACUUAUCGGAACAUAUAACUAUUAUUUGUACACUGGUGACGACUCCUUCCUCGAAGACAACUGGGAGAAAUACACUCGUGCCCUCUCCCACACGCUGGGCACAUUGACGGAGGACGGAAUUGUUAAUAUCACGGGGACGGCCGACUGGGGACGAUGGACCUACUCUGUGAAACGUGCUUCGGCAAGCAUGCUCCUUUACCGGGCAUUGACGACCUGCUCAUCGAUACUGACUUGGUAUCCUGGCCUCGAAGGCGACGCUUUCACUGCCGAAACUUGUCUUGAGCGAUCAAAAACACUCCGAGAGAACAUCCUCAAGGUCUUCUGGGACAACUCCAAAGGCGCCUUCAUGGACGAGCCCAACAAUAGAACAAUGUACCCCCAAGACGCCAACAGCAUGGCACUCGCCUUUGGCGUCGUCUCUCCGGGCCACGACGACAACAAGGCGGACCGCGUCUCAGACUACCUGGCCAGCAACCUGACCCCGAUCGGGCCAUCAUGCCCCGAGCUGCCAAACAACAUAUCGCCCUUCAUCUCGAGCAUCGAGCUGGAAGGCCACUUCAAAGUCGGGCGCCCCGACCGCUCCCUGGCGCUCAUGCGAUCCAUCUGGGGUUGGUACCUCGACCACCCCAACGGCACGGCGUCCACCACGCCAGAGGGCUACCUUCUGGACGGGACAUGGGGCUACCGGGGCGACCGCGGGUACCGCAAUGACCCGUCCUACGUCUCGCACGCGCACGGCUGGAGCAGCGGGCCGACGUCGACGCUGACCGAGUACAUGGUUGGGCUGACCAUCACCAGGCCGCUUGGCAAGACGUGGGAGUUCAGGCCAGCGACGUUCUCGGAGCUGUCGGAGGCGGAGGCUGGGUUCACCACGAGCCUUGGCAAGUUCUCCGCCGGGUUUAAGGUCGCGGGUGGGAGGUUGACGGUGCACUGGGAUGUACCGGAGGGGACGGAGGGGGUUGUUUCCCUGCCUGGAUUUCCGCCUGAGAGGAUGCAGGGUGGGAAGGGGACGAUGACGAAGAGCCUGUGGUGA